CCAUUUUCGUCGCAACCUCGAGAACGCCAGCUUCACCCCCUUCCCGUCGCCCCCACCACAAUUGAACUCGCGACUCCUCGCACCCGCCGCCUUCGCCGCGCGUCUUAAAAAGUGCUCUCGACGCGCUCAAUUUCAUCCAUGACUUAGGACACGCGCGUAUCAUCGCUUCCCCAACACGCCCCAGUCGAUCGACGACAGCAUCAAUACAGCCCUUCCCCGCUUCACCGACACGUCAACCUUCGAGCGCCCGCAACGUAACUCCCAAGAUGGCGCCCCGUCGCGGUCGCGCUGAGCCUCAAGAGGAGGUCGAGGAGGAACAGGAACAGGAACAGGGAGAGGGAGAGGAGCUUGUUAACCUUCAAUUCGACCAAGAAUUGACCUGGAAGCCCGGGAAACCCAUACCCACUACCGAACUUCUCAUUCGCCUGCAGCUCCUAUCCGAAGAGCUUGGUGGGCUCGACCAGGAUACUGUCGAUGUCGACUCUCUGAACGACGUUGCCCACGCGCUGGGUCAACGCAACCUGCUGGCGCACAAGGAUAAGGGCGUGAGGGCGUACGCCGCAGUAUGCAUAGCGGACAUCCUGCGCCUGUGUGCGCCCGACGCGCCGUUCACCGCCGACCAGACCAAGAUGUUCUUCAACCUCGUGGUCACACACAUCUUCCCCUCCUUGAGCGAUCAAGGUCAUGCUUACCACAGACAGCACAAGUAUGUGCUAACGGCGCUCACCGAUGUCAAAAGUAUCCUCCUGAUCAAUGAUGUCGACGGUGCCGAUGAUUUGCUAUUGAAACUGUUUUCCGUCUUUUUCGAUGGCGUCUCUGGCGGCUCGAAUGCGGGCCCGGAGGAGGGUGUCUCGAAAGAGGUCCGCAACACCAUGACGGAGAUGCUGAUUGCCCUGGUCGACGAGGCUUCGGGAAUGAACCCCAAGGUCAUCGAGGUUAUCAUGGCCCAAUUCCUGAGGGCAGCGCCCCCAGGGGGCUUCCAGAGCCGCACCGAACGCGCGGAGCAAAACGGCAGCCAGUUGACGUUGCUGCCCAAGGACGAGCCGCCUGCCUACAUCAUGGCCAAGGAGAUUUGCAACGAGUGUACAGAGAAGAUGGUACACUACGUGAGCCAGUACUUCAGUGACGUUAUCUUGGAUGCCUCCCGGUUCGCGGCAAAGACUGUCGGAAACCGUCACGACGAGGACGAGGACGAGGAUGCGCCCAGGGGCCCAACGGAUGCAGAACUGAAGGAGCUCAAGAAGGCCCACUACCUCAUCAGGGAGCUUUGGCGCGCCGCGCCAUCCGUGUUGCAAAACGUGAUUCCGCAGGUCGAGGCUGAGCUUUCGGCCGACAACGUGGAUCUUCGACAGCUGGCCACCGAGACACUCGGAGAUAUGAUCUCUGGAAUCGGCGCCGCCGGCCCGCCGCCGGCGCCCGUUUUAGACCCUGCCCAGUACCCUCCGCUGCGCUUGGCUGAUGAGGCUCCUAGCCAGAUUUCCGACAACGUCCUCACCACGCCUCUAUCGCCUCAAUCAUUUGCGCAAACGCAUUCGUCAGCGUAUCACCAUUUCCUGGGGAGGAGGAACGAUAAGACAGCAACAAUUCGCGCAGCCUGGACCACUGCUGUUGGGUACAUCUUGGCCACUUCGGCUGGUGGUAUCGGUCUAAACCGCGAGGAGCAGUCCGAGCUUGUGAAGCAUCUCGGAGAAAAGCUCAAUGAUGGCGACGAAAAGGUUCGUCUGGCUGCUGUCAAGGUGAUGGAGCUCUUCAGCUUCCGAGACUUCGUCACCAAGCUUGCCGCACCCGGUGGCGUGGAUAAGGACGGCUCAGUUCUGAGCAGUCUUGCCGACCGUUGUCGCGACAAGCGCACCGCUGUCCGAGUCGACGCCAUGACUCUGCUCGCGAAGCUGUGGGCUGUUGGGUCCGGAGAGUUGGCCGCCGGGCAGGAGAGCGUUAUUGCGGCCCUGGCCGGGAUCCCCUCUCGCAUCUUCAACGCGUUUUACGCAAAUGACUCUGAGCUCAACAUCCUGCUGGAUCGCGUGCUCUUCGAGUGCCUGGUACCAUUGUCCUACCCCCCCAUCAAAGCACCCAAGAACACCAGGGCCGUGGCCAGCCAGAGCUCACAGACUGCGAGCGUUGCGGAUCAGGACCGCAUCCGGGCAGAGAGAAUCCUGCUCCUCACUCAGUCGUUGGACCCCGCGGCCAAGAGAGCCUUUUUCGCAAUGCAAGGCCGCCAGCCCCAGUUCGCGCAGGUCCUUGAGGCAUUCAUCAACCAGUGCGAGAGCUACAACGGCGGUGUGAUGGAUGACAACCGGCCAAAGAAGACGGCCAACCUGGAGAGAACGGUUCAGUACAUCACGCAGUUCUUCCCGGACCCAUUCAAGGUCAAGACGGAUCUCCAGAAGUUCGCCAACCUCAACGACCGACGCGCCUACCAGCUUGUCAGGUUCUCCGUCAGCGCCGGGAGCGACUACAAGACGGUGCGUCAGGCCAUCAAGGAGUUGGUCAAGCGCAUCAACGCAAGCCAGAGCGCGACGUGCCUGGACACCCUCUUGCCUCUCCUGUACCGGUCGGCCUGUUUGUUGUUCAACCGCAGCCAUUUGGCGACAAUCCUGGAUUGCUCCAGGAACGAUAAGGAUGGCCUGGGCUCCGUCUCACAUGAGAUCCUGAACGAGAUCUCCCAGCGCAACCCCGAGCUUUUCAAGACCCACGUGGGCGAGCUGUGCAAGGGCCUGGUCGAGCAGGCCCCUACGGAGACCAACGAUAACGACUCGACCGUCGUCGACACCCUGAAGGCCUGUGCGUCGUACUCUAAGAAAUACCCUGAGGAGAUCCCACAGGAUCGCAAGUUUUCGCAGGCUCUCGUGAGCUACGCUCUCUACGGACGGCCUGUCAAGUCUGCCAAAUACGCCAUCAAGAUCCUUCUGGCAAAGGGUGACAGCAAGGGUCUCGUCAACGCCACCAGCUUGCUGGAGAAGAUUAUGGAAGACUGGAACUACGGCUCUUCGCACUUCCUAAACAAAUUGCAGUCCGUCGCCCAGCUCGAACUGCAGGCCCCAAAGAUCACUCUCGACUCGGACGACAGCAUUCUCAACAUGACGGUACAGCAAAUCCUGCUCAAGGUCCGCACGGACGCUACAGACAAGGAUCCCGAGUGGGUUGAGGAUGCCGACGUGGACGAGGAGCUGCAUGCGAAGUGCCUAUCCAUGCACAUUCUUGUCAACCGACUGCGCAGCAUGGACGACGUCGAGGAAGCCAAGGAGAAGGCCGUCCCGGUGUUCAAGCUUCUCAAGACACUAGUCGCCAAGGGGGGGGAGCUCUGCAAGGUCAAGGACACGCCCAACCACCACAAGUCGCGACUUCGCCUGUUGGCCGCUCGGUUGCUGUUGAAGCUGUGCACCAUCAAGCACUUUGAUGAUUUUCUGACCCCUGCCGACUUCAACCGCCUUGCUUUCACCGCGCAGGACCCGCAACUCAACGUCCGCCGCGGCUUCCUUGAGAAGCUCCAGAAGUACCUCGUUCAGGGCAAGCUCCGAGCGCGAUUCUACACCAUUGUGUUCCUGACGGCUUUCGAGCCAAGCGCGGACCUGAAGCAGCGCGUCGAGACUUGGAUUCGCUCUCGCGUCCGCGCCUUGCAAACGAGCGAACAGCAUCCCAUGGAGGCUAUCAUGGGAAGACUCAUCUCCCUGCUGGCCCACCAUCCCGACUUUAACAAGCCGGACAACCUCGAAAACGCCAGCGCUGAGGAAUUGUCGUCUUAUGCAAGCGACCUGGCGGACCACGGCCGCUACAUCCUUUACUAUCUCUCUAACGUGGCCACUGAAGACAACCUGGGGCUCAUCUACAAGUAUGCCGAAAGGGUCAAGCAGACUCGCGACGCGAUCGACCCGGACGCGAGCGAGAACCUCUACAUCGUCAGUGACCUGGCCCAGGCUGUUAUAAGGAAAUGGCAGGAAAGGAGGAACUGGAGCUUCCAGGCGUACCCGGGUAAGGUCGGCCUGCCGAUCGGUCUCUACACUGCUCUGCCUUCGCACCAGGUCGCCCAGGAGAUUGCCGAGAAGCAAUACCUGCCAGCAGAGAUCGACGAGAAGCUGGACGGUCUUUUCAAGUCUAUUGACCGAAAGAAGAAGAGGAAAUCUAUGGACGAGAGGGGCGAUCAUCAACCCGCCAAGAAGGCCAAGCAGGCACCCAGGACCAAAGAGCCCAAAGCACCUAAGGAGCCCAAACCAAAGAAGCAGAAGGUUAAGAAGCCUGCCAAGGUCAAGCCAAGACGUCCUGAGUCCGACAUCCCGCCAGAGAACCGAAGACGCAGCGCCCGAGCCACCAGGGUCUCUCAGUACACCGAGCGCGACUCCUCAGACGACGACCGCGAGAUGUGGGAUGGUGUCAGCAAGUGGGAAUAUGUUGACGGCGAGCCUACGCCGGAAGAAGGGUCCGACGAGGACGAGGAUGAGGACGAUUCUUCCGUCCUUUCAGACGUUCCCGACGAGAAAGAUGGCAAAAAGAGAGCGAACAAGUCCGCUGUUGUGGCCAACGAUAGCGAUGACGAAUCGGCCCUGUCCGAACCCGAGGACGAGGCGACGGCUGACCCGGAGCCGGAGAAGGAGGAGGAAGUAGAAGAAGAAGCGGAGGAAGAAGCAGCAGCAGACGACGAAGAGGAGCCCGAGGAAGCCGCCACACCACCGCCCAAAUCCAACGGACGCAAGGGCAGAUCGGCUGCGGUAUUAUCCAGGGCGGCGGCCAAGACGAAGCUGCCGGCUCGCCCCGCGGCCAAGGAGAAACCCGCCCCGAGAGCGGCGACUAGGGCGUCGGCGAGAACGACGCGAGGGAGGGCCGCCAAGGAGUCGAUGGACAUUGACGGGAGCGAGUGAGGAGUGUCGAGGAGAUUGUACAAAAAAAAAAAAGUGGUUCCCCCUCCUAAAUUUUGCGCUGCAGUUAGCUUGAGUGAGGUUUUUAGCUACUUGGUUUGGCUUAUAGGCGAUGGACAAUCCCUUGUGAGGGGUAGGACGGGAGGUGCUCUGAAAGGACACUUACAACAGCACCUGAAUUCAUUCCGGGUUUUUUUUAUUCUUUUGCGAAUCCCCCCUGUAUAUUGGUCUCCUCACUCGCCGUGUGCCUUCUCUUUUUUGCGUCAAUAUAUACCCUCUUCAUGGU